AUGUGGAUUAACUGCGGGAAAUUGUCCGACUUCAUGCAGGCACGAUAUGUGGUCCGCCUAACCACAGGCAAGAAAGUGGUCUUAUUCCGGUUACCGACGAUCGACAAAUCAAGCUUGAAAUCCAACGAGACCAAUGAUGGCUGGUCAUACUACGCCAUGGAGGCAGAAUGCCCCCAUGCUGGCGGCCCAAUGGCUGACUCCUCAGUUGAUAUCGAGGACUCGGCGUAUGUCGUGUCUUGCCCGUGGCACGCAUACGAUUUCAAUGUAGAGACCGGCGAAUCGAGCGUCGGUAUCAAGGCCUGCACGUUCCCUGUGGAUGUGCGUGGCGAGUUCGUUGCAAUGGAUUUCCCCGUCGAGGAUGGGGUUACCGUGGGUCUUGCUAGUGUCGAUCCUGUUAGUGAGAAAGUCAAGCUUAAGCACCCGCGACCUGCGGAGAAGGCUGCUGCUUCUGCUGCUACCACUACUGUUUCUGCCCCUGCUUCUGUGAGCCAAGAGGAUCCCGGCAUGGCGACUUAUCUCGGCGAUGAAGCGACGCUGUGUGACUGGGCCGCCCACAUUCUCAAUACUGCUAAUCCAGAGCACAAGAUCGAGCUUACUACACAUCUUUUUUCUAUCUUCACUGCUAGAGAGGCUUCCGAUUCGCCCAUGCCGCUUGGUAGGGGCACUAUUUCGCCACCUGACCAGCCGCCGCGCGAGAAAAUGGAAACUGUUGACCCGGGCCAGAUGCCAAAGGCUGGACGAGGCGGGACCCUGAAGAGCCGUAUUGCUAUGCUCCAUGCGCUGGCAAAUAUUGAACUAUGGGCUAUUGACCUAGCUAUUGAUAUAUUCAUCCGCUUUGCAAAGUUCCAAACAGAAGGGACCACGUCCCAGGAACUUCCGCGCGCGUUCUUCUACGACUGGCUGAAGGUCGCAAAUGACGAAGCUAAGCACUUCUCCAUUCUCCGCACCAGACUCGAGGAGAUGGGAGCUAAAUUUGGUUCGCUCCCGGUGCACCACAGUUUGUGGCUAUCAGCAACUGAAACUUCAUACGACCUCCGAGCAAGAAUCAGUAUUAUCGCACUGGUUCAUGAAGCGCGAGGCUUGGAUGUUAACCCCAUGACGAUCGAGAAGUUCCGCAAAGCUGGCGAUGGUGAGAGCGUGGAGGUCCUGGAGGUUAUUCACAACGACGAAAUCACACAUGUCACCACUGGUCAUCGGUGGUUGACGUGGAUCUGUGCCCAGGAAGGGACUGAUCCUGUGCAGGUCUUCCGGUCGAAUGUGCAGAAGCAUUUCAGGGGUCCGAUCCGGGGACCAUUCAAUGAAGAAGCGCGUUUGCAGGCUGGAAUGGACAAACGAUAUUACGAGAAUUCAUGUGCUCCCAGCGCGGGAAUUGCGGCUUCAUGA